CCCACAGCUGGAGAAUGCCCAGUGUACAUGGAAUCUUCAUAGAAUUUAACUUUGAUGCUGUAGCAAGUCUCUGAGUAUGAGUCAUAUGUGAUCUUUAAAAAAAAGACUUGGAUAAAUGUCACUGGAUUUUCACAGGGAUGGCAAAAGGCACAUCACUGACAAAUGCCAGUGCCCUGCCAAAUUACAAGUCUCUGCUCCAAAGCAUUAGGGUGCUAGAAAAGGUUACUGGAAUGUUUUCACAUGGGCAAAACAAUGUGUUUUCCCCUAAGCUUUUUGUCUAAAUCCACAGAACCAUUUUGGCUGAAAUUUAAAAAAAAAAAAAAAAAAAAUUCCUUUCGGAGUCUGACAUCCAGCUCACACAAUUUCAGCCCAGCCAGUUUAAUUUGGCAAAGUUGUAACCAACUGAAAACAGGGUCUUAUAGGAAGUGUCAGGCAACCUUAAUAAUAGCAGUGCUACCAACCUGCCUAGAAUAUCUUGUUACUUUCUCCCUCCUCCUUUGACAGGGAACCAGCAUUGAAGUUGGACCAUAGGGAUACAUUUUGAUACUGAUGAAACACACAUGCGUCUAAAUUCUCACAGCUCACUGAAAAAGUAUUGCAUAUUAACUGGACCAAACUCUGAAUAAGUCAGGACACAGUUUGGCCGCUAGAGAAACUGAGCUUGGGAAAGCCAGGAUAUGAACAAUUAUACAGGUGGGCUACUCAGGGGGAGUGAAGAUAUAAGGCAUCCAAUCAGGUAUUGGCAACCUGCAGCACUGUCAAAAUGCCCCUCCAACAGAUUUCUGUAGUCCCAGCGCGGGAGACCGCCAGCAAUGGGAGAAGUUCAAUGGGCAGAAACAAAGAGAAGAGCAAGGAAGUCGAGAAUUUCAGAAAUUGAGAAGGGAUAAGUGGAAGGAGAAAAUGUUGGGCUGGUGUCAAGCGAUAGCUCGUAACCCUCACAGACUCCCAAACAUCACAAGAACACCCGAGGUCUCAGGUGAUGCUUCACAUACCUCUACCUUGAAUGACAAAUCACCAGGGCGCUCUACAAGUCGAUCAAGUAACAUUUCAAAGGCAAGCAGUCCUACAACAGGAACAGCUCCUAGGAGUCAGUCACGGUUGUCUGUAUGUCCUUCCACUCAGGACAUCUGUAGAUCUACCACCUUGCAUGAUGUGUCAGAAGAUGAGUCUGAACAUGCAACACCUGUCAUGGUGCUGACCCCUGCUAGUAGGGAGUCUGGUAAGAAACAAGUGAAACGAAGGUUUAGGCGGAGAAAAGCGAUUGGGGACAAUGUUGAGCAUACAGAAAAGCAAAGAAAAGGGAAGGACUGCAAAUUAUACCCGAUGGUUGCAAGCUCCAGAUGCAAUGCAUUGCACAAGGAAACGUAUGAUUCAUCAUCCUCAGAUGAGAAUCAGUGGGCUCAGGCUAGAAGGAGAGCCAGAGAAAAGGUCAAAAUGCCCAGGAGAGGGAGAAGGAGCAAUAGAUCUUGCAGUAACCCAGAUGGAUCUCCAAAUAACAAUGCCAUUGAACUUGUCACCCUGGGGACAACAGGGGAAAAGAAACAAGAGGUGUCUGAUUCUGAUAACCACACUUUAAAUCACAGGAGGAGAAGGGUUUCAAGAUGUAAAGAAUCUUGCUUUUCGCUGUCUUCAGUGUCCUCUCCGGAGGCGAGGAGUUUCUCAAGAAAAUGUGGAAAAAACAGGGGCAGAAGCUACCCCCGAGGGCUGCAGUCUUCAUCUCACCUUAGACAAAAUAAAGUGGUCGAGGAAGGCUUUACAGAGAGAGGCUCUGGCAGUGAUACUCUGACAGUUCCAGAAAAUGGAGAACCUGUUGGGGCAGGGCCCAAUGUGACAGAUGCAGUUCAGAAAAUUCCUGUUUUAUAUGAUGACUGGUCUGAUGAUUUAGAAGUAUGCAGGAUCUGUCACUGUGAGGGAGAUGAUGAAAGCCCUCUCAUCACACCAUGUCGCUGUACAGGGACCCUGCGCUUUGUUCAUCAGGCCUGCCUGCACCAGUGGAUUAAAAGCUCAGACACGCGCUGUUGUGAACUCUGCAAAUAUGACUUUAUAAUGGAGACCAAGCUCAAACCUCUCCGGAAGUGGGAGAAACUACAGAUGACAACAAGUGAAAGGAGGAAGAUAGUCUGUUCAGUUACAUUCCAUAUUAUUGCUAUUACCUGCGUUGUUUGGUCAUUGUAUGUUUUAAUAGAUCGAACUGCUGAGGAAAUUAAGCAAGGCAAUGACAAUGGUGUUCUUGAAUGGCCAUUUUGGACAAAACUGGUUGUGGUAGCAAUUGGGUUCACUGGAGGCCUAGUCUUCAUGUACGUACAGUGCAAAGUCUACAUUCAGUUGUGGCGCAGACUGAAGGCUUACAAUCGAGUGAUCUUUGUUCAAAACUGCCCGGACACUGCCAAAAAAAUGGAGAAGAACCCUUCAUGCAUUCAGAACGCUGAAAUCAAGGAUGCUGUGGUAGUGCCAGUAUCACAGACAGGUACAAACUCCCAGCAAGCGGCUGAAGAAAUGACCUCUGAGGUCAUGCCAGUUUGA